AUGACUCGGACUACAAGAUCUGCGUCUGCGACACUCCACCCGACGUCCUUGCUCAGGCCCGCGUACACAUUCCUUUCAAACAUCCACUACUAUGGCGGCGCCAUUGCAGUGAUUGCACGCAAAAAGUUUACCCUUAAUGAUCUACUAAGGUCUGAUGCAACUCUUCGUCCUCCUGCUAGACAUCGCAGACCACCGAUAUCUGCCAUACCUCAGCAACCCUCUUUCCUUCUCCUCAGUAAAUUUCUUCGCUUCUCUCCUCGCACAAACACAUUACGACCUGGUCGGGAUCAACCUCGUGAUCCCUUAGAUGUCCCUGCUACAUUUGCCCUACCGUCCUCUCUCUCGGGGCGGGCCGUCCCUCGGCUUGAUCAUCAUCUUUCCUCCCUCGCUCCAAAACGCAGCUUCGGGCCACCAGUCGUUGAAGUCCUUCUUUUCCUGCACCGACUGCGUGACGGGCAACUUCCUCAAAAUAGCGCCUCCUAUAUGAUGCUGUUUGCGAUAAUCUUCGGAGUCAUCGCAGGUAUCAAAAUUAUGGCUGCACAACACAACCGCCCUUAUACAAUUAAGUGGAUCCCUUCCGGGAUUGCAUUCGCCAUUGGAUUUCUGAACACGCCUUCUUUUUCUUUGGCACGUUUGAUCGGCGGGAUCAUCGAAUAUAUGUAUCACAAGCGCGUUGCAAAAUCUGGAGGCGCAGAUAUCAGGUUAAUCGUGGUUGCAAGUGGCUUUGUGUUGGGCGACGGAGUUAUCAGCUGGGCGUGGCAAGUUGUUGGGGCUGUUCUGGGGGCGUCUGCGCUGGCUGCCCUGCAUAGGAUUCCGAUGUGGCGCGAAUGGGCGCACGGGCUGGCAGCCGCUUUUCUGUAG